AUUUCCGCGUCUUGAUUCAACGCUUUUCCCUCUCUGCACCGUUCGUGUUUGAGUCGCGGUCCCUCGGACACCGGUUCGGUUCUGCAGCGGCUCGGUGUGCUCGUGCAGCACGAUGGGUCCUGUCGAGCUUCUCCACAUGUCAGUUUUCUCUCAGAGUUUCUCUCCCUGCGGUCGAUUCCUGGCGGCAGGAAACAACUAUGGAGAGAUCGCACUCUUCAGUCUGUCUGCCGCUCUGAGUCCAGAUGCCACCAGACUGAGUCAGAAACCUGUUCUAACGUUCACUGCUCACGAGGGUCCGGUCUUCUCUCUCCUGUCCACCGACUGUCGCCUCCUGAGUGCAGGAAACGGAGAGGUCAGCGCCUGGAGCUGGAGCGAGCUCAUCAAGAAGAAUGUCAAACCUCUGUGGACAAAAAGACCCAACUACAAGUCCAGUCUGGAGAUCCCAGAGAUCAACUCCAUGAUCAUCAACCCCAGAGACAACAGUCUGGUCGUCGGUGGAGGAGACAACAACAUCCACAUCCUGGACCUGGAACAUGGCGUCUUCAAGUCCGUCCUGCAGGGACACUCGGACUACGUCCACUGUGUGAGUGUGAGGGAGAGGGAGGCCGAGAUCCUGUCGGGGGGGGAGGACGGAGCCGUGAGGAUCUGGGACAGCAGGACAGGACAGACGGUCCACUGCAUCGAGGUCUACAAGUAUGAGGAAUGUGCACGGCCUCAGUUCGGUAAAUGGAUCAGCUGUUUGACGACAGACUCUGACUGGAUGCUGUGUGGCGGAGGUCCGUCUCUGUCUCUGUGGCACCUGCGCUCUCUGUCUCCCACCUCCACCUUCCCGCUGAGCGGCUGCCAGCGACAGGCCGCCUUCUACCAGGACAUGAUCCUGGCUGUGGGCGAGGGUCAGUCUGUGUCUCACUGUCUGCUGGGGGGAGAGGUCAAAGCUCAGAUCCCCUGCUCCUCACAGAGCCUGAACACCCUGCAGCUCAACACCAACAGCACCGAGCACCGGGUGCUGACGGUCGGAGGCAGCAGCGAUCACAUCGACGUCUUCACCAACCUGUCGUACAGAGCGUUUUCACUCAGCUUCUGAACACACACACACACACACACACACACACACACACACACACACACACACACACACACACACACACACACACACACACACACACACACACACACACACACUUUGUCAUUUAUUCUGAGGAUAAUAAAAUAUUUUUGUCAUUUUAUACAAAUUUUUGUACUUUUCAUUAUUUCUUUGUGAAGUUUCAUCUACCUGCACACACCUGUGACGUCACACCAGGUGCUUCAUGUUUUUGUGUUUUCAUUUGGACAUAAAAAAGAAACCUGACAUGAUGGUCUGAGGUGGGAACGUUGAAGUGAAACUGACUUCGUGAAUAAUCACUGAGGGACACGAAGAGGCUGAACCUUCCUCACGGUUUCACUCGAGUUCUGACCAGAUCUUUUCACAAACUCAUCUUCUUCUUCUGUGGUUUAAUGGCAGCGACUGGAGAACGUGUGAGUGUGUGAAGGAUGAAAAAUGACUAAAGCAUAAAUAAAUAAAUACAUGUAAA